AUGGAUCCGGACGAGGAGGUCGAAUUCGAUCUCUCCCCGUUCGCCAUCGUGUACAAGAGCGGCCGCGUCCAACGCUCUGGUCUAACGUCGCGGAAGAGCCCCGGCACCGACGCCACCACCGGCGUCACCUCCAAGGACGUGGUCAUCGACGCCGGCACAGGCCUCGCCGCGCGGCUCUUUCUCCCCAAGAGCGUCCCGGAGUCCCAGAAGCUCCCCGUCCUCGUCUACUUCCACGGCGGCGCUUACGUCGCCGAGUCGGCCUUCUCCGCCAGGUACACCAGCUACGUCAACGCCCUUGUCGCCGCCGCCCGCGUCGUGGCCGUGUCGGUGGAGUACCGCCUCGCCCCGGAGCACCCGCUCCCCGCCGGCUACGACGACGCGUGGGCCACGCUCCGCUGGACAGCGGCGAACUGCGGCUCGGCGGGGCUGGAACCGUGGCUGACCCACCACGGCGACCCCACGCGCAUCAUCGUGGCCGGCAACAGCAGCGGCGGCAACAUGGCGCACAACGUGGUGAUGAGGGCCGGAAAGGAAGGGCUCCGGGGAGGCGCGCGGGUCGAAGGGAUGGUGCUGCUUCAUCCGCUGUUCUUGGGCAAGGCUCCGGUGCCGUCGGAAGGCACGGACUCCACGGCGACCGCCGAGAGGAACUGGCGGUUCGUCUGCGCGGGAAACUACGGGCUCGACCACCCGCUCUCCAACCCGCUCGUGAUGCCGCCGGAGGAGUGGGCGGUGCUCGGCUGCCGACGGGCGCUGGUGACGGCGGCCGAACUCGACCCCUCCAGAGACAGGGCGCGCAUGUACGUCGAGGCGCUCCGCGGCAGCGCGUGGGGCGGCGAGGAGGCCGUGCUGUACGAGACGGAGGGCGAGGGUCACAUGUAUUAUUUCUCCAAAGCCGCGAGAUCCAACUCCGUCGUGCCGGAGAAGGCGGCGAAGGAGAUGGCCAUUGUUGUGUCCUUCAUCAAGCGCGUUACAUGCACCAGUCCAUCGGAUUGUAACAUUAGAUCUACGUUGUGA